AGUCCUUGUACUCUCACCAAUACAUCACCAACAGCAACAACCUCCAAUUCGUGAUGCCCAGCUAAAAGGGAGGCGACAACCUCAACCACAUCAUCACCACCAUGCUCUACGACCUCAACAUCGCCUGGUCCCCGACCACGCCCACCGACCGCCUCCUCCAAACCCUCACAACCGCCCACUCUCUCGGCUUCGCCACCGUCGCCCUCAACCACACCCUCGAGCUGCCCUUUCCAGCAAAUCCCACAACGCCCUUCCCAGCUCUCCCAUCAUCAUCAUCUUCAGACUCCAACAACAACAACAAACUCCCCCACGUCCUCCACCGCGCCACCCUCCCCCUCGCCGACCCAGCCGCCUCAAACUACCGCCUCCCCUCCCUCGUCUCCGUCUACGACCUCCUCGCCAUCCGGCCCCUCACCGAAAAGGCCUUCCAGAACGCCUGCCUCACCCUCGACAUCCCCAUCAUCUCCCUCGACAUGGCCCAGCACUUCCCCUUCUACUUCCGCCCGAAGCCCUGCAUGGCCGCCGUCUCCAGGGGCGUCCGCUUCGAAAUCUGCUACUCCCAGGCUCUCCUCGCCGCCGACCCCCGCGGCCGCGCAAACUUCAUCUCCAACGCCACAAACCUCAUCAGGGCCACCCGCGGCCGCGGCAUCAUCAUUAGCAGCGAGGCGAAAUCUGCUUUCGGCCUGAGGGCCCCCGCCGACAUUGUCAACCUCUUCAACGUAUGGGGCCUGCAGAGCGAAAAGGCCAUGGAGGGGCUGAGGACGAUACCGCGGAGCGUCGUCGUCAACGAGGGCAUGAAGAGGGAUGGGUUUAGAGGAGUUAUCAACAUCGUCCAGGUGGUCAAGAAGGAUGCCGUCGAAGGCGACCAGACCGAUGACCAGUCCUCGGCGGCGGAGCAGCCUGGCAAGAGGAAGAAUCAGAAGCGCAAAAACGGCGGGGAAGAUGCCCAGCCCAUUAGCAAGCGAGAGGCGAAGAAGAUGAAACUAGCGGCAAGGGCAGCU